AGUUCCAGUUGCCUUGGAACUGUGACACGAUCAUCCGCGAAGCGGAACGCUCGCAUAUUUCAAGUACGACCGCGACGAACUAGCUCAUUUCACGAGGAAUCACCGUUGCAACGAAGCUUUGUACUUUUACGUAAAAGUAAUGGAAGCCAGUGUCUGACAAAUUAAUAUGUGACAGUGAUCGAGAUCCUUUGCGAUCGAUUAGUGAGCUUUCUGCAUCGAAAAGAUAAAUCGAUUUUGAAACGAGACACCGUGAAACGAUGUACGAAUCGAUCUUUAUUUGUCUUCUACUUUGUCAUAACAUCGGUGCACAGAAAUUCCACGGAGAGACUCCGGACGAAAUAAAUGAAGCUCGUUACUGCGAGUUUGACGAGGCGCGAAACAACUAUAACGCGAUUGAUUUAUUACAGUGUAUCGAUGAGCUGGCUAUCGAUCUGAUCGGUCGAGAAACCGCUGGAGCGACAAAUGGGAAAGGUCAGGAGAACGGAUCCACCGGGAGACAGAUCUCGUUCAUGGACGUGUUCACUAGCGUUUUUAAUAACGCCGCAACGUCGCAUCAGAGCCAUCCGGUAACUUCCGGCUACGAACAAUCGAAUCACCCGGCCGGGGUGGUCGCUCCUCUUUCGCCGGGAUUCCAGCUGAACCUCCUCGACGCGUUGUACACGAUAUCCAGACACGACGACUACAAGUGCGUGGCCAGGAUACUUUGCGAAAUGGCCAGCGGGAAGCUUCCCGGUCGUUCGUUCGCCAAAAAGGGAUCCGGGUUCUUCGAGUUCCUCGGCAGAAACGUUUUCACCGACUGGCUGACCAAAUUCGACGUGGACGGGACCUCUCCUCUGCUGAACUAUGGCAGAGCGAUGAUUCUCGGAUACAGCAAUCGGGGAAACUCCGGGGCCUGCUACCAAGCGUUUCCCAAAUGUCCCAAGGAUAUGAAGGGACUCGUUCAUUAUUUGAACACUUAUAAUGGAGGAUUUUUUAGACUGUUCAACAGGUUUCAUAGUGGAAAGUACAGGCAGAGUGACAGAGUUCCUAACAGAGUUGGCGACAAUUCCAAGAUCGAAGUGAGGGAAAGAAUAGUCGCUGGAAACUCGGACUACAUUCGAGGUCGACCGAUUUAUAAGAUUCAAUUCCCAAUUAGAAAUUACCAAGAAUAUUUAGAUAAAGAAGAAUUUCCAGCGUACGAUAAAACAAGAAACGAUAAUGAGAUCUCUUUCCCUGAUCAGAGUAACGAGUCAACGACGAAUAGCUUGCAGAACGAUCUACCACAGUCGGAAUCGACUUGGCAACCAGAUCGUAACAUCUACUUUUUCCCUCAGGGUAAAGACGAGAGAAGAUAUUCCCGGUUUCGGUUUCCCUCGGGUAUUCCAGAUACAUUUUUGUAAUUCUAUUAAUACUGACCGCGUCCUUUGAGAGAGUAUUAAAUCGGAGGAUGAAGAUAUCUUAAAUAAUAAUCAGCGGUGGACGCGAUGCUCCAUCAAAUAAAUCAGGGAGUAAGAGCGUUGCGAAUGUACGGAUUGGAUAUCAGGAUUCCGCUUGGCAUCAGGGGGAUUUUCUAGCUACCUGUAUACACACAACAGGAAGUCUCGAGUCGGCGUCGAACCGCGGUGUUACUGGCCCGUACGCCAUUUGUGGAAACAGCAUGGGGCGCCGUUAGCGCACCGACAACUUGUCCAAUGAAUCUGCUGGCCGAGUAUGAGCCCGUUUUAUGUCUCAGUUACGCGGCCCGAUAAAUUGUAUUUUAUCUCCAUUCGAUUUCCUGCUCGCGGGCUGGUUUAUGUAUCUGUACGCGCGAGCGCAGGUGUGCGAGGAUUUUUAAGAGAGGAUAAAAGAUGUACGGAGAGAGAACACAAGGAACGUACAACCGGAACGUAUGAAUAUUUGCCAAGUAAAUUAUUGAACGCAAUAAUGCGAAUAUCUGCCAUCGCGUAUUUUUUAUUAUACACGAUUCAUACUGCUUACUCUUCCUGUGCGACGUGCCCGUCAAAGUUUUAAUGAAUACGAACGAACGUGUCGUCACGUCAUUUGUAUCAACGUAUCGACCGAAGUCGAAAGGGUGGAGCCGCGAACGAUCGAGCACGUGUUCGCCGACACGCGAGGUAAUUUCGUUCAAAUCUAUAUCUUUCAGGACAAUUUCGCCCAUGCUUCUCCCUACGAAAACCAUCCCGCGAUGAGAAAAGCAACAAUUUUCACAGAGCAGAUACGACCACGGUAAUGAUCGACCACGCUGUAUGUUUGCGGUAGCUUCCUCUCCUCGCAAACAAGAAUUAAAUUAUGCAAAGGGGCAUAAUAACGAGUUACGGACUCCCUUUUGCUUUGCCAGAGAACGCAAAUGAUUAUCUUCCGCCUUGUUAAAGCCGCCAAAAACUAUCGUCGAUCUAAAUGGCGUUUUUCCUGCAUACAUCCUGCUUGACUACGACUUGUCGUUCAAAGAUCAAUUAAAAAGAUUAAUCAAAUCGAUAGUCGUUGAUACUACCACACGCAUAAUUCCCUAAUCCCUCUCCCUCGUACCGGCAAACAAAAUCCUGAAAUCAAUUUUGUAGACAUUCGUUUUACUCCGGGACAGCUAUUCUUUUUGCGGAAACGUCUUCGGCACGUGUCGCGUCGCCCCACAAACUUUUUUCCCCGAGAUUCACGCGUGAAAUUCCUGGCUGACUCGCUCGAAAUAAAAGCGAGAGGAGAGAGGAGGGAGGGGUAGACGACGUGUAAUUAUUUUAUCCUUUCUAGCAUGUAAUUCGAGGCGUGCUCGCGCCCAAGAGUCGGUCCGUGCGAUCGCCGCGGGGCCGUGUGCCUCGGACACGGCCGACCGGGGGUGCAACUGACAGCGAAAGACAAUUAGCCUUCUGAUACAUCCGAUGUCGCAUGAAGCGUCGCUCGGAACGCUUUUGCGGGGGCGUGUCCGAUUGUUCCUGGCAACCGAAUAAGUCCUCCGACUCUGCGGCUCGCGGC